AUUUUGCACACAAUUUUAGUAAUUUUUACUCCCUAUAUUUUUAUUUUUAAAUACUUCAAUAUUGUAAUCCAUUAUAUUUAAAUUCUUAAUCUCCCUGUCCUUUUACAAUAUUACGAACUAUCUAAGACGGAGUACACUUUAUAAUAAUAUAAUGAGAUACAGCAUACAAGGCAUAACUAGCAUUAUACCGCUACAUAGUCAAACCUCUAGAAACAUCUAUACCAAUAAGAUACACUUAUUUUAUUUGAGACAACCAAAAGUAAGAAGUGAGACCACCAUUUUGCAUGUUACCCAUUCUCUAUAUAAACUCUUGUAUUGUUAACAUAUGACUGUAUGAGCAUAUCACUCCUUUAAAAAAAUUAACCCAUUACCCCAAAAAGCACAACAAUUAGCUUUCCUUGAAACCCAAAAAUGGCUCCAAGCUUAACGAAAGGAGCUCUAGAUACCUUGGGCUUACUAGAUAAUGGUGCAAUUCCACCAUCAAUCACUCUUGAAGCAUCCACUUUUUUUGCUAAUGGCCACCCAUUUUUAACUCAAGUCCCUCCAAAUAUUACUACUAGUCUCUUGGACAAGCCACUUAAUAAUAAUCCUACUAAAACUACUAUUGUCACCCCAUCAAGUGGUUGCUUUCUUGGGUUCCACGUGAACAAACUGGAUAGUCACCACGUGGUACCUAUCGGUAAGCUCAAGAGAAUCCGGUUCAUGAGUAUCUUCCGGUUCAAAGUAUGGUGGACUACUCUUUGGACCGGGGAUAGUGGCAAUGAUGUUGAAUAUGAGACUCAAAUGAUGAUGUUAGAGAACAAUGAAUUGGGCCGUCCAUAUGUUUUGCUUGUCCCAAUCCUUGAAGGGUCGUUCCGAGCAUCCCUUCAGCGUGGAACGGCCCAAAAUGACGAUGUAUGCCUCUGCAUGGAAAGCGGGUCGACCCAAGUAAUUGGGUCGAGCUUUAAAUCUUGCCUCUACAUGCAAGUUGGAUCCGAUCCAUAUGAUUUGGUGUUGGAUGCUUUUCGGGUCAUUCAGCACCAUAUGGGUACUUUUAAACUCUUGGAGGAGAAGAAUCCACCAGGUAUAGUGGAUAAGUUUGGUUGGUGUACUUGGGAUGCUUUUUACUUAAAAGUUAACCCGGAGGGCAUCCGGAAAGGUGUCAAACACCUAAACCAAGGCGGAUGCCCUCCAGGGUUAGUCUUAAUAGAUGAUGGGUGGCAGUCGAUUUCUCACGACUGCGACCCAAUAACCCAAGAGGGAAUGGAUUUGACCACACCAGGUGAACAAAUGCCAUGUAGGCUAGUUAAAUAUGGAGAAAAUUACAAAUUUAAGGACUAUGAGAGUCCUAAAGGGAAGGGGAUAGGGUUAGGGGCAUUUGUAAAGGACUUAAAAGAUGAAUUUAGGACAAUAGAACAUGUAUAUGUAUGGCAUGCUUUGAUGGGUUAUUGGGGUGGGAUAAGACCUAAUGUACCAAAUAUGCCCAAAUCUAGGGUCAUUACUCCAAAGUUGUCCAAGGGAUUGCAAAUGACUAUGGAAGAUUUGGCUGUGGAUAAGAUUGUUGAAAACGGUGUCGGUUUGAUUCAACCUGAUAAGGCAAAGGAGAUGUAUGAAGGCCUACAUUCCCACCUUGAAGCGGCAGGAAUUGAUGGUGUCAAGGUUGAUGUCAUCCAUUUGCUAGAAAUGAUGUCAGAAGAAUAUGGGGGCCGCGUGGAGUUAGCCAAAGCAUAUUACAAGGCACUCACCGCAUCAAUAAAGAAGCAUUUCAAAGGAAAUGGUGUUAUUGCAAGUAUGGAACAUUGUAACGAUUUUAUGUUACUUGGUACUCAAUCCAUAUGUCUUGGACGUGUUGGGGAUGAUUUUUGGUGCACUGAUCCAAAUGGAGACCCAAAUGGGACAUAUUGGCUACAAGGUCUUCACAUGGUGCAUUGUGCUUACAAUAGCUUAUGGAUGGGCAAUUUCAUCCACCCUGAUUGGGAUAUGUUCCAAUCUACUCAUCCUUGUGCCGAAUUUCACGCCGCCUCACGAGCCAUCUCCGGUGGUCCCAUAUACGUUAGUGAUUGUGUUGGACAACACAAUUUCGAGCUACUUAAGAGGUUGGUUUUGCCUGAUGGUUCAAUCUUAAGGUGUCAGCAUUAUGCUCUUCCUACAAGAGAUUGCUUAUUUGAGGAUCCUUUACAUGAUGGCAAAACAAUGCUCAAGAUUUGGAACCUUAACAAGUAUACAGGUGUAAUUGGAGCCUUCAAUUGCCAAGGAGGGGGAUGGUGUCCCCAAACGCGACGCAACAAAGCAGCAUCCGAAUUCUCACACGCGUUAAAAUGCUUGACAAACCCCAAAGAUGUUGAAUGGAACAAAGGAAAGAACCCGAUCUCCAUCAAAGGAGAAAAAUUAUUCGUGGUUUAUGCUUUUAAGGAAAAGUGGUUAAGACUCUUAAAACUCGAUGAGAACGUGGAACUAUCCUUGAAUGCCUUCGAUUUCGAGCUUUUAACGGUCUCUCCAUUAAAACUCCUAGGGAGAAAACUAAUCCAGUUUGCUCCCAUCGGACUAGUUAACAUGCUAAAUACUAGUGGUGCUAUUCAAUCUCUUGUAUUCCGAGAUGACGAAAACAUAGUAACUAUCGGAGUAAAAGGAUUUGGUGAAUUUAAGGUGUUCUCAUCAGAGAAACCAAAAUCGUGUCGUGUUGAUGGUAAGGAUGUUGAAUUUCUAUAUGAAGAUUGUAUGGUUAGUGUUCAAAUAACACCACAAGGUUCUUUAUCUAAAGAAUCUAUGCUUGAAUAUGAAUUUUAG